UAUUUAACAUAAAUAUGAAUCCCAAUCCAGAAACCCCUUUCCAUUCAAUCCUCAACGGCCAAACCCACCACCACCAGCCGCUACUCACUAGCCCCACUCCGAGGCUUUCUCACUCUCUCAGAGGGUGGAAGUCUGAAGACAGAGCUGGAGUAUGAUUCUUAGUGGGUGCUCUUUGAACUCUGGGGUUUUUAAUUUGCUCCCCACUAACAGCCAGCCAUGUAGAUUCAGGUCUCGCAACUCGGCAAUUUCAGGCAUUCCUCGUUCUCAACAGAAAGUGGUGUCUUUCUGUGGGACAAGUUCCUGGGAACCUCUUCUCAAGAUUAAAUCUUCUGUAUCUUCAGGCAUUCAGCAUUUCCGUCUCUCUGCUGCAUCAACAUCACUGUUACAUGGGGAACAAGGUAGCUUGUUACAUAUGAUUCCCAAGUUACCCAAGCGGCAACGGCUACCAUUGCCUCCAAGGGCUUCCAAAGACGUGCCUUAUAGUUUUAGAUUUCCUGCUAUGACGAAGAAGCCAAGAUGGUGGUGGAGAACUCUGGCAUGCCUCCCGUAUCUGAUGCCCCUUCAUGAGACAUGGAUGUAUGCUCAAACAGCAUAUCAUCUACAUCCUUUCUUGGAAGAUUUUGAAUUUCUGACUUACCGUUUCCUGGGUGCAUUAGCGAGACUACCAAGUUGGUCUCUGAUGGCAUAUUUCUUUGUUGCUUACCUUGGAGUAGUGAGGCGGAAAGAAUGGCCACAUUUCUUUAGAUUCCAUGUGGUUAUGGGAAUGCUUCUGGAGAUUGCUUUGCAGGUUAUUGGAACUGUGAGCCGCUGGAUGCCACUUGGUUUAUAUUGGGGAAAGAUCGGGAUGCACACUUGGACCACGAUUGCAUUUGCCUAUUUGUUCACAGUUUUGGAGUGUAUCAGAUGUGCCCUUGCUGGGAUGUAUGCUGAUGUUCCUUUUGUGUCUGAUGCGGCUUAUAUCCAAAUACCAUAUGAUUAAGGAGGUCAACUGAAGGGAGUGUAGACUGUAGAGGAAGUUUGCAUUUCUUCUUUUGUAGAAAUCCUGACCAGUCGUGCCUUUUGAUUGGACUAUUUACUAUCCUGCAUGUGUUGCUUGCUUCAGUUCUGAAGGUUCCCACAAUGUAGGGAUUUUCUUGUUCGUAUCACAUUCAUGAUUCACAACUCUCAGUUCACUGCAAUUUUCACUUCUGCUCGCUUGUUAGAUUCA